AACAUGACUUACGUCGGAUUUUUACCAUCAUUUCUGCCAUGACAUAUUAUUUUAAAAGAUUUUUACAUCAACCAGGAGACAGACGACUUCAGAAAAUAUUUUUUCGAUGGCUUUGAUGGAGGAUAAGUUUGCGUAUCCAAGAAAGAGGUAGUGCUUGAUGAAACGAUGGCAACGCAGACAAACGCUGUAGUUAAGCUGAUUUUUAAUCUUUAGUGUUAAAUUUUGUUUUGAACAACCAACAAAAAGGUUGUCUCGUGUUUUUGGUAGCAAUUUAUGACCUAUUUCUUUUUACUUAUGGCAAUAGUAAACCUGUGGUUGGCAUAUUUAGAAAAAAAUAGAAGUCCUAUGCAGUUUCAUCGACCGUAAAACUGCUGUAGUUCGACUACUAUUAUUUAGCUUGUUUAAUUUAUGUCUAAAGUAUCUAAUACGUUGUGUUUCCACAGGUCACUAAAUCAACAUAAUCAAUACUCCAAGCCAAAAUCUUGUGAUUGUCAAUAAUAUUAUAUUUAUGAACUUAUCAUUGUCAUUUCGCGGAGCUAGAGCCCAGUACAACCCCAGUGAUUUGCUUUUGGUCUCAAACAAAGGGCUACUGAAGCCCUAGCAUAAUAUUUAUGGGGAGUAAAAGCAAACUGGUUACUAGACAUUUCAAUUCAAAGUUGUUUUGAUCCAAGUUAAUUUAGUUAAGGUGUAAAUAGUUUCACAUACUCGGCUUGAAGAACAAAGAAUAAUCACCCCCAAAUGUUUUUCUAGCUGAGGCGCAAACUAUACACGUCAAAGUGAUCCAAAUUCUUGUGUAAUGCACCUAUCAAUGUAAAACCCGUGGGGGGUGAUUUCGGGCAAGGGGUGGGGAUUUGACAAAUUUUAAAAUUUUUUGAUCAAAUUCCCCAGGGUGGGAAACAAAAGGUCAAUCAAAAGUGUCAAAAGAGACCCCACCCCAGGGAAAAAAGUCUAAACAAACAAUACUAUAAUACUAUAUAAAAUGAAUAACAGAACAUUUCAAAAGUACAUUCUUACUACUUUUAUUUAAGGUUAACGUAAGCUCCAUUAAGUUACUCGCUGUAAUUAAGUAUUUUCUCUCUCCACUAGCAUUUCUUAUUUUGAACAACAACAUCACUCCAGGAAGACUGACCGUUCUAUUAUAAUAUUAAUGAAACGUAAAAUGCUUUAUAACAUCUGGUCAACAUGUCGGAUCAGUGACUCGUAAAAAAUCCUCUGACUUUCAUGGUGGAAUUCAAUUUCAAUCGAGUUUUACAAUCAGAUGGGAACUUGAAGAUAAAAACUUUCUUAAAAUAGACUUUAUAGACAGUUUAAAGUAUCGGAUUAUGGCGAUUAAAACAAAUGAAAACUUCAUACCUUUCUCCAACAGCGUGACUUUCAGAAAGCCUCGAGGAACAGACCUGGUAACCGCUUCUGAAUUGAUACCAGGAAUACCAGGCUUCUGUCGGUCAAAGUUAAAUGUCCCGACCCCGCGGUUGCUUCGCACGAUCAAAAGCCCGACAGGGGGAUAGUCUCAGGCAUCAAAUCCCCUCCCCUUGCCCGCACUCCUCCCCUGCCCCCCCCACAGGAUUUACAUUGAUAGGUGCAUAAUCUCGGUGCUUGAGGUCGUAUCAAAACAACUUUGUAUCGAAAUGACCAAACGGUUUCCGAGCAAACUUAAUCAACCUCCCCAGAGGAAGAGGUGCCAGAAUUUAAGGUGAUAUUUAUUGGCCAUUGAGCACGGUCCCUGUAGGGGAAAUUUGUACCCGAUCAACUGGGGAUGGCUCAAGGCCACAGCAGAGGGCUAUACUUAAGAGUAAGCAGGUAGAUUACCUUUUUCUUUUGUAUCCUUAUUUGGGACCAAAUAUGUUCAAUGCCCCCUUUCCCUUGGGGGGAAAUAAGUACUCCAAAGCCUUGUUUGGAUUAUUUGUCUGGUUUGGAUUAUUUUAGCCAUGUUAUCUUUUUGGGGUCAAAUGAAGCUUGUACCAUGUCCAGUUUGGUCUUUUUUAGAGGUUUAACCCAUACUUUGCCAAUUUAAAGCUACAACAGCCAUGUAACUUUAACAAAAGCAUUAUGCAAAUGAGCAAAAAUCCAGAGAACUUUGUUAACCCAUUUAACUCUAUCUGUACUUGUCUCUUUAAGUCUAGGCAUGGAAGAGACUCCACUGACCCUUGAACAGGUUGAACACAUUCCUACAAUCCCUAGGGAAUUAUCAUCAGUACGAAUUCGGGAAUUUGAUGAAAGUACUGCUAACCCUGAGCCAAUUGUGCAGGAUGACGAGGCAGAUCAUUUGCUGGAAGAAUUUCUCUCACCAGCAAAACUGGUAAGUGUGUGAUGAAUAACCACAGUAUUUUUAAGAACUUGAACUCCAUCAGUAAUUUGUUUAUCACAAUUAUGAGUCCUUAGAGGGGGUAGGUGUGUCCAUAGUCUGAAUUUCAAAAGUAGUUGUUUCGCAUAUUGAGGAGGGAGCCAUGUCCCUGUCAGUAUUUUACUACUAUUUGCGAUUUUCUCUGUCACUGUUGCAGUGUGAACCUAUCGUCAUGUCGCUUGUCGCCAUUUCAUCUGUCUUAUGUCACUGUUUCAAGGCCAUAUCACCUGUCAGAAUUUUACCCUAAAAGGUCUCAACUACCACCACAAGUUAUUGACGUAAAAUAUGGGUGCUUUAUUUUUUGGUAAUUUGGCUGAUUCCUACCAUCUGUUCAGUUAUAAGAAACAUUUUGCCAAUUAAAAUCACUUAUAGGUAUAAACUGGUCUUAUAUCACCAUAAGGUGAGUAACAUUUACAAACUGCACUGUUGACUAAUAUUGUUAUUUUAUUAUUGUUUUGUUAUUUUUACUUUUCAUCUUUUAAAGAGAUUUCUGACCGGCAUGAAGAAUCUAGAUGAGGUUAAAUAUCUUGAAAUGAAAGUUGAUACAAGAGAUAAUAGUCUUGGAAAUUUUGGUAAGAAUUAGUAAUUUAUUUCUGUCGCUUAUGCAACAGGAACUUUGCACCAAGGUUAUGCAAAAUAAUCUUUUACCUUCUUGACUUGUUUUCUUCAGGUGCUUUACUACCAAACUUGGUUGAGCUUAAGUUGACCAACAGCAUCAUAGCUACUAUAAGGUAAGUCUAUAGCUUACAUGCAUUGGAUUUAAUGGAACCAAGCUGAAUAUUGUGGAAUUGUAUGUAUUUUAGGGCUGGCACCCUACUGAUGAACAUUUACUGCUUUUAGAAAUUUCCAGAGAAAAAAUUGUCUAUUUCGUAGUCUGUGCAAUUCAAACUGUUGUACUACUACAUGAGAAAUUUCUGCAAUUUGAUUGGCUCAGAGCUGUGGUAUUUCAGCUUAAUUUGAAAUACCUACAUGUGAAAAAACAAACCUUUUGUGAGUAGUAGUAUAAACAAAUAAUAGCAUGAUUUGUACUUGAUAUUUGGCAUAAAUACCACUCGUGAUAUUUCAAAAUUGUCUUAAAUGUCACUCGCCUAAUGGCUCAUGAAAUUACGUAUAACUAUUUCUAAUUAUUACUCGUGGUACUUAUGCCAAAUAUCACUUCAAAUCAUGCUAUUAUCUAGACAAAUUUAAUAAUGAUUUAUGGCAUUUGAAUAGAAAUUGUGUAAAAGUUUUUAGGUACACUGUAUUAUGCAUACAGUUUUUAUGGUGUCAUGUACAUUGAGAACUGCUUAUUGUGCCCUGCUGUUGUAUAAUAAUACCUUUUAAGGCCAAACAAUUCAGCGUCAAAAGAGUUACUUACAUGCUGGUUAAUUUGAUUAAUUAGAGACCUUGGUACCUCUUUGACAAGUCUAAGGACCCUUUGGAUGUCAAGGUGUGGUCUGAUUGAAUUGGAUGGUAUCAGUUCAGUCUCGUCAUUGAAGGUAAAGACGUGAAUAUCACUCAGGUACUUGCCAGGCCCCAGUUGUUCAAACAUCAGAUAGCACUCUCCAAUGGACAAAUAACUAUCUAGCGGAUAAGUCUUAGGGAAACCAAUUGCAUAUCCACUGGAUAGAGAUUUAUCCAGUGCAUAGUGUUACCUACCUUUUGAACAACUAAGUCCUGGGCCCUAAUGUCUAUUGGAAAAGGGAGCUUAAAAAGUUACUUGGGCAGCAAGAAAAUCUACUUGUCCUGAACAACCCACUGGACUUUUCUCAGCCCUGUAAAAUACAUGUAUGAUAAUUACCAAAAAGGUCUUUUAUUUUCUCUGGCAAAGACAUUUAGUUGAUAAAUUUCAAACUUCCGAGCUAAAUUUUAAAAAAAAUCAAAUAUUUUGCUGAAUCUCUUGAACUUCAUCAGCAAUGUCAAAUGUCAGGUACGUAAGAGAAAGGAAGUUAGGUAUUCCCUCCCAGCCAUUUACAAUCCUCUCCUGGGAAUACGUAACGACCUUUCUGUUACAAUUGCUGAUGGAGUUGGAAUGAUUCGCAUGAAAUAUUCAAUUUUGUUAAUAAAUUUAGCUCUGAGUUUUGAAAUUUGUACAUUAAAUUAAUUUUAGGAUAGUAGUUUAGUUGCAAAUUUAAAUAUAGUCGGAAGUUGGAUCUAAUCUUUUGCUCAGUUUAAAUUGGUACCAAUUCUACAUUCCAUUUUUGUAGGAGUUGUAUUUGGCCUUUAACGACAUAGAAGAUGUCAGCCCCCUUAGCAUGCUGGAUCAGUUGGAGAUUUUAGACUUAGAGGGGUAAGAAAAGUACUUAUGCUAAUGUUAGUAGUAAGCAAAGGUUAGGGAGAGUAGGCGAGGUCGAAGGAUGAGAUUGCUUUCUUUACAUUCCAUUAAUUCCUAGUCAAGGUCCAAACAAAUGCUGGCUACAUACAUGCCAUGCAUGCGUAAUAAUAGCAAGCUAGAGAUUAGGAUCUCAGGCUUCUCUGGUUGCCCGCAAGUACAUCAUAUAGCAUUCUUGACACAUUAAAGUAAUACAUUGUAAAGGCCGUACCCAGUACAUGUACAUUGUACUGUAUAGAGCGGUUUUCACUUGACUGUCGAAAGGGAUUGGUUUUGGUUUUGGUUUUGGUUUUACUAUGCCCUUUGGUUGGCUAGUUUAUUUACUUUGGUUUUGGUUUUACGACAGUCAAGUGACAACCGCUCUAAUAAUUUAUUGUUACACAGUAUAAAUUGUAGAGUUCUCUAAUGAUAUCAAUACUUCAACCACACUAGUCUCAUUUUGUAAAAUCUCCCAAACCCUAACUCUAAUAUGAAAUGCAGUUAAUUAGAAGAAGAAUUAUUUCUUCCUUAAAGUUAUUAUAUUUUUAUUUAGCUUACCUCAGGCUUGAAAAUGUUGAGGUCUAACAAAGAUUCUAACCUUGACCUCUUUGGUGAGAAAACUAAAUGCUUUCUCCAGUUAACCCUAUCACCAACUAAAUUAAUAUCAAAAUAAUUCUGUCCUGUGUAGGAAUAAUGUGAGUGACAUAGCACAGGUGGAGUUCUUGUGCCUGUGUUCAUCACUGAAUAUGCUGACAUUAGAGGGUAAUCCAAUUUGUUCAGCUCCACACCCAGAGGCUUAUUUUUCUGUGGACAGGAGGUGAGCUAUGCCCAAAAUCAUAUUUUCUCAACAUUCCCCACUGAAAUGGAAAGAGAUGGUUAUAUAUAUUGAAAAAAAACUGUCAAGCUUAGUAAAGCUGUGCCUAAAAUGGAAAUUUCUGACAAAGUCAAUAAGGGUCAUAAGUCAAAAACAGUUUCCCCUAAUUUAAUUGAAAUGAUUCAGAGCUUGGGUAACCUUGAGAGAUGAUAUGAAUAUUUAUGAAGAUAGCUGCUUGGAAAUGAUUUAGAAAAUGAGAAGGCUGGAUUUGGAAACCUGUGCAUAGCUCUGGAAAAUUCCUAGCUAUGCACCACCCCAAGAUAAUUUUUUUUAUUGUGUAUUCAGGGCUGUAGUUAAGUUUGAAGCAGCCAUAGUGAAUGAAUGUUCAUCCGAAACAUCUCACAAAAAAAUUGAUGGUGUCAUGCAUCUUUAGCUGUCAACUUUGAUCACCCAUGACAUAAAGACUUUAGUGAGCUCAGCUGUAACAGGUGUUAUAGUUUACGACACUUUUUGACAGCUCUAGUGCAAAAUUAAUGUCAAACAAAAGUUCAUAGUAGACUCAUGACCUAUCUCCUAUUCACAAAACACUUUUAUAAGAUCAGUGAAGCUACAUCAGACUAUGAAAAAAGUAUAAGUAAGAUAAAGGAUAAUGGGAAUCCUUUAGUGGUCCUCUUUUUCUUAACCCUUAAUUUAAACCCCAAGAUCCACAUACAAAUUCUCUAGACAGAUCUCCAUAAAUUUCUUUUAAGAAUAGCUGAGAGAAUUUGGCUUAAGGUCAAAGCAUUCUCCCUUUGGCAAUCAAUUUAGUAAUUCUCAUAACCUUUACUCUUGAUGAUCUGCUGAUGCUGUUAGGAGAAAAUUGAUGUUGGUCACUCUUGGGACCUAAAAGGUUAAUAGCCUGUUGCUACUUUGCAGGAAAUAAGACAGUAUCAUUAUCGUGCUGCAAUCCAUAAAGCUGUUCCAAAUGUUAGAAUACUGGAUGAUGAAGCCUUUUUGGUGGAAAAAGUAGGUGGCCAGUUGGUGAUUCGAGAUCCCCCAGAAUCACACAGAGCUAAGAAGGUGCCAGAUCAUCUCAGGACUGACUGGCAACUUGUCAGUGAAGGGAUCAAGGCAAUUAACGUUGAUGAACAGGAAGACAGUGCAUGUAGGUGUCUUUUUGGACAGUAUUUAUACCAGUGUGGUCGGUUGCCUGGGACAUUAAAAUUAUUAUACAUGUUUUGGCCAAGUUACUACCACUACACAGGACAUAUUUUGUGAUGCUGUUUUGACCUCCUGUUUGCUGAUUAGCUGUGCACUCUACAACCCAAUAUUUUGGAUAGUUACAAAUAAUUAUUUGUUUAUUCAGUUUUAGUGAAUUAAAACACAACUCAAGCAAUAUCAAAAAAUGCUUGCGUUCAUUUUUUGAUCUUUCUGAUUAAUUUUAUGAUAAUGGGUUUAUUUCUACAUUUUUAACCUUUGAAAAAAAUUUAUCUUCAAUUCUCUGUUUGACUACUUUAAACUGGUUGUGCUUGAACAGUUGAUAUAGUGAGACCAGGCUCAGCGUCCUCCGUAUCAAGACAAGAAAGACCUUCCAGUGCAAUGUCAAAAAGACAGCGACCUCCAACAGCAUCAGGGAAAAGACCUUCAAGUGCUAGGGGACAACGUCCUGGCUCUGCUGGAGGUAGGUGUUAUUCUACAACUUUUGCUCUCAACCAUUUAAUUCCUAUAAUCAAUAAUCAUAAUACCAUGAUUAUUAUGUUAAAGGUAUAACUAAUGAGUUUAACAUGUGCAGGUCUUUUACAGUCCUUUACAAAGGUAUUAAUCAAUUUUCAGUAUUUCAGAAAAUAAAAUUAGGGAUUGAUAAAACAGAUUAACAUUUUAUUCUGGUUAAAAAAGGGUUUGCAGGGUCGCUAUUCAUGACUUUGGGAGUGGUGAGACUUCAGUGGCUUUCCACAAUGACUUAGUGUUAUGUAUACAGUGUGAUGAACUGUUGUUUUUGUUAACGUUUUUUGUCCGGGAGUCCAUUUAAACAGACUCCUGAGUGGAGAAAGACAAUGAGGUGCACAGUGUCUUUUUUAAGGCAGUAUUGAAAUAUGGAAAAUAGAAAACAGAUCCUAUUGUAAAACAUACAUUGGUACAUUUACUUGUACAUCUGUUAUGUACAAGUAAAUCAAGUCUCCCCAAUUAGUAAGGCACUGUGCCUGAGCUAUAAGACAUGAGACUUUAAUAAGGCUCAUUAUUAUUAUUAUUGUGAUUCCUUGGGUAAACUUAAGAUUCCUGUUUUCUUGUAGUUAUCUGGUUAUUUAUCUUUUAAUGUUGUACCUCAGGGAACCCUGAACCUGUUGGACCUGGAGUUUUUCAACAAGAUGACAGUAGUGAUCUCACUCAUGGUAAGCUUCAUUUUAUGAUCUAGUUCCUUACAAAUUUUUGAGUUGUUUUAGAGUACAGCUGUUUAGUUACAGUUCCUUGAUGUCUUCUUGCUUUGACCAGGUUCCAGCCAAGUCAUCUGUGGGAAUAUAUCAAGAGCUUUGAAGUCAAGGCAGAAGGUUUGGUUUUUGGUCUUUGGUCUUCUUCUGAACAAAUUCAUCUCCCAGUGUUCUUUAUUGGGAUUUUCUGGUUUGCUCCUUUUUGAAGCAUUACACUAGCAUCUGGCACUUUAUUUCCAUGUUUUGAUAGGUUCAGUCUGGUCUUCCUGACUGGGAAUUAAUUUUUGCUUUCUUUAGCAAAUGCACUAGCUUUUAUUUGAGCAAAAAUACAGACAAGGCAUCGUCUAAAAAUGAAUCGCUGUUGUCAUUGUAAGGAAGUACAAUAAUAAUUAUUGUACUGGGAUGAUCGUGUGGUUAGUUAGUAUUUUUCCCCAUCUCCAGAGUCACUCUCUUUUCCAGUGAUGCAACUAGCCCCAGACAUUAAAACCCAUGUUUGUGAAAGUACAUAAGUUUAUUAUUUUGAUAGUGGAGUUGAUUUUUGCAGAUUUGGUUUUUACAGUAGGAAUUUUUUUUGGUGUUUAAAACUAUGUUGCAUACGUUAAAAAAAUCAAAAUGGAAAAUACUAGGACCCAAAAAAAUAAACUUCAUCAUGACUUCUGUAACUGUGUUAUUAUUUCAUGGAAACUGUGUUUGUUUCUAAGCUACUAGCAUCCCAUGCAGAGGGGAUUGUGAGAAUACUCUCAUAUUGCUCCACCUCCGUUGCUUAGGACAGAAAGGCUCAAAAACCAUACCGGCACAUCUUCGUAUAGGUCAAUGCAGGGCCGUAGCAAGCCUUUAGAAACUUGGGGGCACAGAGAUUUUAGUUAGCUCAUUGUAGUUGAAAAGCAGAGGGUUUUCAGUCAGGAGGUCCCACUAGACUGGUCUCUGUAUCUUAAAACCAGAAAAUGUUUUACCUAGCUGCAGAGACAUCAUUCUUUCAAUACUCUUGGAUUUUUUUUAACUCUUGAAUUUGUAUUUUCAACUUUUAUGCGUGCAUGUUUUGAAUUUUUUGGGGCAAAAAACUGAGGGUGGCACGCCCCCCUGUCCCCUCCUCAUGCUACGGCACUGGCCAUACAGGGGAGUACACCCCGGGGGCUCCAUCAAGCACACAUGUAGUUCUGAACUAUAAUAUCAGCAAGCAUAAUCCCAGCACUGUCAUCCAUACGUUUCUUAUGGGACUUAAUUGAUCUUAAUUAGAAGAAUUUGUUGAAGCAUUAAGACAGAAGUUGGUGAUCGUUUUUUCUCAUGAUCAUUUUGUCGUAUACAUCAGUAGUAAUCGAAAGGAUAAAUUAGAUCAGAUCUUGUCCCUAUUAGCGGUGUAGUCAGGUGUAGUGUUAACCUUUAGUGGUUGAAAAUCUUGAAUCAUUCGGGACUUUAAGAUGCCACGACAGCGAUGGCAACGAGAACGUCAAAAAAUCAAUAGGCUGAAUAGGCAAAACAACACCUCUGCACGUGCAUCACGCUUUUUUGUACAUUUCUCUGCCGUCACUGUACGACUACGACGGGCGAAUGUAUAAUUUCACGUUUUAUGGACGUAAACAAGCGACGGCUAAAUUUUCUUUCUUUUUCUGAACUUGAAUAUGGUUCUUAGGAAUUUCGCUCAAAGAGAGUUCGCUUGCAUGGAAAAAAGUAAAUGACUUAAGUGAGUAAUUGCUAUAGUGAUUGAAAGAACGCAAAUUCACUUUGUAAGCGACGUUUUCGUGGCCGUCGCCGUCGCCGUCGUAGUAUCUUUAACUCCCUAUUAUGGGCUGUCCUGUGACCGUGUUUGUUGUUCUUAGGCUUUAAAACAACCUAAGAUGCCAGUGGUGACUUUCCGCCUUGAGAGUCCGCGUCUGUUUAUACCUGAAAAAAGCUUCGAGGAAGAAACAGAAACAUCAGCCAGUGCCAGUGAUAUUCUCGAAGAAUUGAAAGCUUGGAGAAAGGAAUAUUCAAAGUAAGGUUUAACUUAGGGCAUGUUUACAAGGAGGUAGGGGACCCCAGAUAGGUGAGGUAACAUGUGGCAGGUCACUCCACUUAUCAUGUUAACGUGGUCAAAUUAAAAUGAGAGAUUAUAUGGACAGGCGGGUUACCUCACCUUCCUGGGGUCCCACACCUUCAUGUAAACAGGCCCUUAAAGGAACGCAACUCCUCAGUAUUCCUCCUCGAUAUCUCUUCUCCGCUCAGGCUCCUGCUCGGUAUUCCAUUAAAAUUAGAAAUAAGUAAAAAGCAAUAGGGUUCACGGUCAUCUCGCCACCAACGAAAUCGCCACCAAGAAGUCUACUCGCCACCACAUAAUAACUCUGCAAUAAUCGACAUUGUUUACUUACAUGGGAUUGUUGCUUCUUCCUCAAGCCCAAAUAUAAGUUUAUCGAUUUUAAUUGACACCUUGCGUCUUACUUCUCAUAAUAAGUUUUGUUUUUUGUGAAUAUUUUUAGACGAAACUGAGCCCCAAACGGCUGAAAAAAAUUUUUUUUGGAGACCGGGCCCCCGCCUUAUCUCAGGGUCUGGAUGACCGCCCCGUUCCCCUGACCCGAAGGUCUGGAUUCCCCACUGUUACUCCCCCAUUACGAUAGUUUACAUUUUCCGUUAAUUUGCUCAUUAUAAUUUCAGGAUAUUAAGCAAUGAAAGGAGUACAACAACUAAUACUGAUGAGAAUUGUGACAAAUCCAGGUAAGGUGAUUUUGUUGUUGUUGCUUGUUUCUAUUUCACACUAGGUGACUGAAAUUGCAAAUAGGCUGCACUUCAGUUCAACUGAAUAAGCUGCCCUCUUCUCUUCAGAUGACUUUGUUCGGCAACCAGAAAAAUGAAAAAAUGCAAGUAUGGUCAAGCCACUUAAUAAAGAGAUUUAGAGUGACGCAUACGGCAAACUACAAACGUGAGAUUCCCGUUGUGAAUUUCUCAGUAUAGAAAAUGAUCAAAUAAAAACAUCCCAAAACUAUCAUUAUGGAUAAAACUGGUGUGAAUCUACUGAUUUUCAUGUAGUUACAAUGAACAGUAAACGACAAACAAAGGGAAAACUUGGUCAAGUGGUACAAGUUUGCCGUAAACGUAACUCUAUAUUUCUCUAAUAUUUGGAAUUUCUUUAGAACUGUUAUUACCUAGAACUCUGAUAACAGCUGAGUUAUUAGAUAUCUGGAUAACCUUGAGAAAAGAAAAUGUACUUGCCCAUGAAGGGAAUGUACCUGAAGCUUCUAUGUUGCAGGUGACGUACACGCAUGUACAGUUUGUGUAUAAACAGUUUUUAAAGACUGUUUACAUGUAGGUGGGGGACUCGAGGUAAGUGAGGUAACCCGCUUAGGUCGGGUGACCCGUCUGUUCGUAUAAUCUCUCAUGUGGUCACCCCACCUAUCAUGUAAACGUGAUCAAAUUAAAAUGAGAGCCAAUUACAUAGAGAGACGGGUUACCCCACCUAAGCGCCGAGGUUACCUGACCCCCAUAUAAACAGGCCCUUAGUGGCUUUAUUAGGCUGUAUACUGGAUAAAACCUGUGUAAAACCUUAAACUGAACAUCCUCUUGCAGUGAAUUACCACCAUCCACCCCCGAACAAGAUACGGGAGCCGCACGACUUUCACCCACCCCACCCACCUACUCACCGUCCCCUCCUUCGAAAACCUCUCGUCGUCCAGGAAGUCCUUCAGCAGUGCGUCGCUCACUCCCUACCCCUCCACUGGUGGGUAGAGAGGUAAUGACCAGACCGAAUACUGCUGCGGACUUUAGGAUGCGAAGGUUAGUAGUUACAUGUGCGUCGCAUUGCUUUUUUUUCUUUAUUUCUCGAACAGACAGAGGGUCUAUAUAAUUUGUUUAUAAAUGCAACAAGCAACAGUACUCCUUUAAUCCUUCAGAAUGUCUUAUCUCUAUUCCAAGAAGUUAAAUUUGUUUGUUUUGAGUGGACAAACUAAGGAGGGAGAAAAAGCAUUGUUCGUUAAAGAGUCAGUGAUCCAACGAAAUAUCGAGAAUUUGACUCACGUACGUUUUAUUGCCAAUAAACAUGGAGUAGCUUUAAUCUGAGGUUAACUCUGUUGAAAUAAUGUUAUAGCUAUUUUUGCCUGUUAUUUGCUUUUACAGUGGAAUGAGACGUUGUUUCGAGUAAAACUGUUGAGGUCUUUAUUGCGUCCAUUUUGAAAUUACUAGUCAUUCCUGCAACCUGAUUGGCUCUCGGUAGUGUGAUUUAUCCGCGAGUUGCGCUGUUUUCCCUCUAAAUCACAUUUUUUUUAAAUCGUAUAAUUUGUGCUCUAAAUGGCAUUUCCAUUUCGCAUAAAUGAGAGGUGUUUUCGGGUAUCUCUUGUUCACAAACCGGUUACUGUAUAUUGUCUAAAUUGUACAAUUUCAAAUGGCUGGAAUAAAAUUGUAAUUGAACUUCGUGCCUUGCAAUUUUGGUCUGAAAUCAUAUGUGUAAUUUCCCUGUUAAAAUCAAAAUCACUGUGCGCCCGUCCGAUUUUGAAACCACACGUAUGAUUUCAGACGCAGACUCCCAAUGAAAGGGGAACAGCCCCCUCUUAUACCUACCCCUAAAGACGCCUUUCGAUGUAAUCAGUUGCCGCCUGCUUAAUCUUUUUCUCCUUUCUUCAAAUUUUCUGGAGAACCCUGAAUUAACCUUCAAGUACAAUAAACAUGUUAACAGGAAUAUUUGUGUUGUAGAUUCCGUCAACUUUCUGGCGAGACCAGUGUGAAUCAGUUAAAGCUUCGAGCUAUGCGUGCAGAUGAGAGUUAUGACGUAGACAAAAAUACGUCGACGCCUUGUCUGGAUUCCAGACCUUCUCCCGCUUUAUCGGUCGAAGAGGACUCGGAACCUCGCUCUUCCUCUGCGCCUGUACGUCUAGGCCGACAAACGAGGUCAGUUGAAGUAGAUAAAACAUACUAUUCGUCAAACCAGCAUCUCCUUUAUUUCUGGGAUUGUCAACGUGCAAUUUUGACUUUUCUCUCUGAAAUGUUUUGUAGUAUUUUAUGUGUUUGUUAGCUCUUUCUGUUUGGGCGAGCCAAUCUUAGUUUUACUGCAGUUGUCAAUAAUAAAUAUGUAACAUUUUUUCUUUUUUAAUUGUAGCUGUAUUAUUUUUUGGUACCUGGAUUUUGGAGACAAAAACAAACUUGAUUUGACAUGACUAUAUCCUGGUUGAUUUUAGCCUUCGUGGAAGGCGUCAAAAGGGGAGGGAGAAAGGAGGGGAGCUCCUUGCCCGGCCCCACCCGUUUUGCGCUUUAAUUUCCAUCCGUCCUUUUGGGCCGACCACGCAGGCUACGUUAAUAACGAUGACCUUGAAUAUCGUCGUGUAUUGUUUUUGAGAGAAACACAGAAAAAAUCCUUUAAAUUUAGAGAAGCCUGGGGGUUUGUAACAACCAUAACCAGGAGCCCGUUACCAGGGAAACUACGAGGUCGAAAGUUAGAACCACCUAGAACUGUAUAAAGGAUCUCACAAAGGGUCUCACUCAAAUUCAAAGGGUAUAGGUUUUGAAUAGACCACUUCACUUCACUUUCAAAAUGAGGCCAAGUGCACAACUUUUCUUGUGGAAAUGAGUUUUAUUUGCAUGAGAAUUAAAAACACGUCCCAUAUCAAAGGCUGAGCACUUAAGCUCGUUUUGAUACUGAGGCCCGGAGGAACUGGGAAAUGGCGUAUUGUUGAACAGUUUAGUAAUCGUUGCUUUACAGGGAAACGCCCACAAAAGAUGGCACUAGGCCCCCACGCAAACUCCCCGACCCAACUUUACUGGCACAGAGACCAGGUACAGCAGCCGCUGCCCUACAAAAAAGGAAACUCAGGCCGUAGACUUGACAUUCGAGAUACACGCAGAUAGACGUAUGUGGAGCCUACGUGACGCAGCUGCCUACUAUGUGUUUGGUGCGUAGAGUGAAGCUCUCGGCCUGUCAUUAAGGUUUGCGUAGUAGCUCGAUUUGGUGGUAUUUGAAAAGAGUGACUGCAAAAUGGAGGAAUGUUAAAACAAGUGGAACGUGAUUUCUGCUGGUUGAAUGUGUAUAUAUAAGUUUUUUGUGCACGUGUUAUGUAAAGUGUAAAUAAAACUGUAUUUAUA